GAGGCGAUUGUUGGAGUCAAUUUAACAAACAUUAUCGGUAAUGCUACUAAUUGUUUGAAAUUUGACGAAAACGGCUACUGUUUGGAGAGCACCAACUACAGCGUUGCCGUAGCCGGUAUCCGGUACGAUAAACUAUACGGUAUAACGUUUUGUGCCGUGAAGGAUCCCAGAAAUAUAACCAUUCCUGAUUUGACGAGAGCUAGCAGGGCUUUCAAACCUAGAGCAGACAAAGUUUUUAUAAGAACUAUACCAGACCAUGUGGAUAUAUUCAUUGGUAUCGCUGUCGGAGCUGCAAAUCUGUUGGUAUUGGUUACUAUCAUCAUCUGCUGUCACAUGACUAGGAAACAGAAGAAAGAGAAUAAACUGUAUCAGCUGAAGCUAGCGCAACAUGACAUUUGGGAGAUUGAUCGUCGUAAUCUAAUAAUUCACGAGGAAAUGAAGCUCGGUUCUGGGGCGUUCGGAACAGUUUAUCGAGGUAAUCUUCUUGGCAACUCAGUUACAGAGAAGCAUCCUACAUCUCCAUUAGGUGUCAAUUUGAUGAGAGCUAAAAAUUGCCAGGUUGCCGUGAAAAUGCUACCAGAAUGCGCUGAUGAUGUGUCCAGAGGCGAAUUUCUGAGAGAAAUUAGACUUAUGAAAACACUUGGAUAUCAUGAAAGGCAGUAA